AUGAUUUUUAAAUUAUUAUAUACAUAGACACAAUUCUUAUACAAUUUUCAAGUUUAUUUUCCUUUCUUAAUUAAUAAUGUAUGUAUAAUUCCUACUUUCAAUAAAAUUAACUUUCUUUCUUAUUUUUAUUAUAUAGAAUCAUUGUUUUAACAGGCAAAUUUUAUGAAUAAAAUGACAAUUAUCCAAAUAAGCUUAUUUAUUGAAAAAUCCUAUAUAAAUAGAAUAAUCAUACUAUUUCCUACUACUUUAAUUUGCUUGCAAUCUAAAAAUAAUAGAUGUCACAUCUUUUAAAUUAUGAUGCUGGAGAUUUUGUUUUUUCAUUAAUAAUGUUAUUCAAUCUAAUAAAAUAAAACAAUAUAAGCAUAUUCAAUGAAAACUAAUAUUAGAAUUAUAUAAAUACAUCUCUAACAUUUUUUGAUUCUAUUUUCAAUUAUGAAACGAAUUUCAUAUUUUUUAAGUUCUAUAAACUAAUGUAACUCUAUUCUUAUGCUUGUUGAUUAUUUAAAUAAGUGCAAUUUAAAGAUCAUUAAAGAAAAUGCUUUCGUUAUAAAAUGGUUAGAUUUUUCCAUUUAUUUUUAUAUUCAACCUUCAAAAAAAUGA